GAAAGAAAAGCUCAUAAACCCUAAAACCAGCUUAAAAACCCCCACACCUCUCUGUUCUUCCCCUUUCUUCUUCCUCUCUCCUGUAAUGGUAGCCAUGGCAGAAGAGCUCCAAUCCUCAGACCAUCAACAGAAAAAUGUCGCAAAAUUACUAUGCGAAGAGUGUAAUUUAAAGGAAUUCAAAUACAAAUGCCCAGCUUGCUUCCGCCGCACUUGCAGCCUUCCUUGCGUUAAGUCCCACAAGCAACUCUCUGGUUGUACUGGCAAAAAAACAAUAUCCGACAUCAUCCCCCUUUCUGAAUUUGACGAUUCUACACUUCUUUCUGAUUAUAAUUUGUUGGAAGAUGUGAAAAGGGUAGCUGAUUCUGCCCAGCGAACGCGUGUGAAACUAUGUGGUUAUCAUCCUCAAUUUAGGCUCCCUUUCCAUCUUAAAGCACUUCGGAGUGCUGCGGGGAGGAAAGGAACUAAGCUUUUGUUACUUCCUUCUGGGAUGGCUAAAAGGGAGAAUAAUCAAACUAGAUUCAAUCAAAGGAAGAAAUUUAUCUCGUGGACGAUUGAAUGGCGAUUUAAUUCAACUGAUGUUGUUUUGCUUGAACACGGGGUGCACGAAAGCACAACUUUGCGGUCAGUAAUUGAGAAGCAUCUGCAACCUAGUCCGUGGAGAAAUAAGUUGAGGAGAUUCUGUGAAGAACCUCUUGAAAAUCUCAAGUUUUUUAUUCGUAAAUAUCACAAGGGCAACAAAGCACCAUACCGUGAGCUGGAUUUAGAUACACCUUUGAACCAUUUGUUCGGUGGUUUAGUCAUCUUGGAAUACCCCGUUAUUCGUGUUUUCCUCUCGUCAGACACCUAUGAUUUUGAAGUAGUUAAAGACGUCAGACCACCCCCUCCUCCAAGUUUCCGGGACUUCAACAGACCCGACAGAGAUGAGCCUGCAAGUCCUGUAGGUGUUACCUUCAAAGAAGAAGAGAUUGAAGAAGAUGAAUCAGUUCAUGAACCUCAAAUUAUUAUAGAUCGUCUGAAAAGCUCAGAGAAAGUUCAUACACAUAAAACAAACCCGGUUGGGGUUCAGACGAUUGACAAGGAAUGUAAAAUUGAAAAUGAAGAGGUAUUUUCAUGUGAUGUUGGAAAGGAAGUUGAAAUGUUGGAUUCGAAAAUUGAGGAUUUUGAUUUUGAUCAGGAAUUGAUUGAUGCGUAUUCGUUCUUGAUGGAAGAAAGUAACCCAGAUGACUUUCUGAACUACAAAACUGAAGGUGAGGGUCAUGUAGAUAGUACUAAUGUGUACUUUGGAGGUAUGGAGGAUUUAGAAGAGGGGGAAAUUCCCAAUUCUGAAUAACCAUAUUAUUCAAAAGUAGUUCAUGUGUCAUCUUUUGUAACAGUUAUCUCUCCUUGAAGAAGUUAUUUGUAGUAGCUUUUAUUUUUGUUUA